CUCUGCAUGAGCUCCAGACGCACUCCACAACCAAGACCGCAUAAGAAACAAGUACUGAACUAAAACAAUAAACACUGCUAAUAUCACCGACCGGACCUGUGUAAUCAUAUCUGGAUAAUUUUACUCUUAAAAAUCCUACCAUUGUCUGUGAAUGGGUUCUCCGGUGUGCUUGAGGAAGUCCGCUUUUCUGCAGACGUGCACAGUAUUGCCUCACAUCACCCAGCACCAUGUCUGGCUCUUACGAUGAAUCCGCUGUUGCUGAUGAGGCCAUGGACAGCUUUUGGGAGGUGGGAAAUUAUAAGCGCGCUGUGAAGAGAACUGACGACGGUCAUCGACUCUGCAAUGAUCUGAUGAGCUGUCUUCAGGAGCGUGCCAAGAUCGAAAAGUCCUACAGCCAGCAGCUCACCGAAUGGUCCAAAAGGUGGAGGCAACUGAUCGAGAAAGGGCCUCAGUACGGCUCUGUGGAGCGGGCCUGGUUAGCCAUGAUGACAGAGGCCGAUAAGGUGAGUGAACUUCAUCAGGAGGUGAAGAACGGUCUGAUGAACGAGGACGUGGAGAAGGUGAAGAACUGGCAGAAAGACUCCUACCACAGACAGAUAAUCGGUGGCUUCAAGGAAACCAAAGAGGCAGAGGAGGGCUUCAAGAAAGCCCAGAAACCCUGGGCCAAGAAACUCAAAGAGAUGGAGACGGCGAAGAAGACCUAUCACAUGGCUUGUAAAGAGGAGAAACUGGCUGCAGCGCGUGAGGCAGAUGCGUCCGCGACUCCCGACCAGCAGAAGAAACUCCACGAGAAGACUGAGAAAUGCAAACAGGACGUGCAGAAGGCGAAGGAGAAGUACGAGAAGUCUCUGGAUGAGUUGUCGAAGUGCACACCUCAGUACAUGGAGUCCAUGGAGCUGGUGUUUGACCAAUGCCAGCAGCACGAGGUCAAGCGCCUCACCUUCCUCAAAGAGGUCCUCCUGGACAUCAAACGUCACCUAAACCUCACCGAGAACCAAAACUAUUCGUCCGUGUACCGUGAGUUUGAACGCACCAUUCUGGCCGCCAACACACAAGAGGAUCUCAAGUGGUUCAGUAAUAAUCACGGUCCUGGCAUGCAUAUGAACUGGCCCCAGUUUGAGGAAUAUAACCCAGAAGCCACCAAUGCUGUUGCCAAGAGAGAAAAGAAGAAGCCAGAUGGAGUCGCUCCUGCUACUCCGAACACAGAGCAUGCAGGUCAACCAGGAGACCGCGGCAGUGUGAGCAGCUAUGAGAAGAACCAGGCGUACUCCACUGAAUGGUCAGAUGACGAGCAGCCCGCGGGGUACUCGGGGAACGAGACCAACGGCGGAGCGAACUCUUUCGAGGAAGACUCCAGCAGCAGAGGAGGAGUGCGGGUGCGAGCCCUCUACGACUACGAAGGCCAGGAGCAGGAUGAGCUAAGCUUCAAAGCAGGUGAUGAGUUAACAAAGAUCGAAGAGGAAGAUGACCAGGGCUGGUGCAGGGGGCGUCUGGACAGUGGCCAGACAGGCUUAUACCCGGCCAACUACGUUGAGGAAAUCUGAUCACCCGACUGGAGGACAACACACGUUUGGAGGCAGCUCUGAUUGUCCGAUCGAUCGACACGGCAGAAAAUGCCAAAGACUUAACGUGAACGACUUUCCCUGAAGAUGUGCAAUGCAGUCUUGUUUAAAAUCCAAAAAUCUUAGUAAAGAAAACCACACUGUAUAUAUUGAUCGUAUCUGGGAGGAGAGGAAGAGCUUGCUCACUACUAAUAUCUAUUUGCAAAUAUUUAAAAAAUAUAUACAUACAUACAAACGAACAAAUAAAUGACCCAUCAGUUAUGCAAGUACAGGCUACACACAUUAUAUGUGCAGAUUAAAUGUUAUUUGAAAUUCUAUUACUGACAUUAGCAUAAUAUCCAGCUGAACAGAUAUCCAUGUGGCCACGCUGCUGUAUUUGAGUUCAAAGUUCAUCAAAUGGAGUCAGUGUGCAGUUAUGGGGUACUCGUCCAGUGUCACAUGUUAAACAGAAAAUGACUCACAACGGGCUAUUCGGUUUUUCUCUUACUCUCACCACCGGUCUAUGCCUCGUUGCGCUGAUUAUUAUAUUAGGUAUCGUUCUCUUGAUGUCUGUGUCUUUAUGCAUAGCAGCAUGUGCUAUGGAGCAUGUAGCCGUUGAUUCCUCAGGCCAUCUGUACUGUAUACAGUUCCCACAGUGACCACAGAGGGCAGCAGACUCAUGUUAACCUCUCACCUGGAAGUGAAGGCAGUCUCAGGCUAUGUUCAGAACAGAAUACUACCUAAGCAGCAGUAUGGACACCGCAGACUAUUAUUGAAGAUAGCAUGUGAACAGAAUCAUGCAAUAGACCUCCGUCAGGGUAGUGUAUUUAAUUUUUGACAGGAAUGAAACCGAGGCUGUGAGGGACUCAAAGUACAGUGUGUUCAAUGGAUUGAUUUGGUGUUUAACAACAUGUUUACGAGAAACAUUCAGUAGACAAAACUUCAAAGUGUUUUGAAAGUUGUGAUUCGGCAAAAUGACAUGAUCUUGGACCUUUAUACAGUGUGUGCCAUUGUGAAGACUGUAAGUCUAUCCCUCACAGCUUCGUUAAAUUCAGCGUGGUGUCUAACCUGGCUAAGAUCUAUUAUUGCAUGCAAGUGGCAUCCAGGUAUCAUGACAUAAUACAAUCAGUCUUGAAUUUCAAUUGAAUGACACUUCAAUUGAAUUAUUCAAAACCGUGGAUUUUAUUCAUCAAGCUGCACAUUGCAUAACGGGGUCCGUGCUAUGUUGUAAAUAAACAAAAUCAUCCAGGUAUUCCGUGCAUUUAUGAACUUUGUGUACUUUACCCAGUAUGCAUAUGAUAAGCAAGCAUGAUGUUCUGAACAUAGCCCAAAAUGUCUAACUGGUUGAUCAUUGUCAUCUCUUGUUCUCAAAAUCAUGUUAAAGAAGGUCUUGUACAAGCAUUAUCUAUAUUUGGCAUCUGUUCAUGGUCACCUCUUGAUACCAAAUAAGGUUCUUCAGAUGGACAUGAAUGUUUCCUGUGCUUUAUUUGGGCUAUUUACUGUAUGCAAAGCUAAAUCCCUCAGUGAAUUUCACACCUGUACAUCCACACGCAUCGAGCUCAGAAGCUACUGUUAUCUAUAUUCACAACUGAUUAACUGAUUCUGUGUAGUUUCAUGGCCUGUUAACUAAGAGCGUAUAAAAAUCUUUCUGAAAUACUAACUAAAAUAAAAGCUGAAACACGGUGCCAAACUAUGAUUUGCAGGCAACAUACUGAUCAGUGAGCCAAAAAGUAUUUGGACACUUUAAGGAAUAGUUCACCCAUUCAUUUACUCUACCUCAAGUUAUUGCAAACCUUUUGUUUCUUUCUUAUGUUGAAUGCAAAAAAAAAAAAAAAAAAAAAAAAAGAGCACAUUUUGAAGGACAUGUGUAGCCAAACAAUUAACAGUAGCUACUGACUUCCAUAGGCAACAUAGUCAACUGUUCGGUUACACACAUCCUUCAAAGUAUCUUCUUAUGUUUGGAACAACUUGAUGGAGAGUAAAUGAUGACAGUUUCCAUUUUUAUAUUAAAAUAUAUAUCAAUCCUAGCACAAGCACACUUUUCAAGCAUACAUUUCACAAAAAGUAGUUAUAGGUUUGUCAGCUAGAUGGUUAAAACCGUGUGCAGGAUUUUUAUUUAAGUGGGACUCAAGUGUCCAAAUACUUUUUGGGAGCCCUUUGUUUUUAUUCCUCUCACUGCUGAAGUCUGAUAUGAUGGUAAGCUAUGAUUCUGAUAAUACAAGCCGUGCUUCUCACGUGCCUGUUAUUCAAGUUUGUUUCCAGGUGGCAUCACUCAAAAGAAACUGUGAAUAUAUGGAUGUGCAUCGCUCAUGGAGUUUAGUAUGGGAGUGAAAAAUGAAUAAUACAUUCAGAGGAAAGAUCCCCCAGCACCUUUGUGAUUUGUCUAAAACUGUUCAGUCUAGAAAAAAGAAAAGAGAAAAAAAAGACCUCGGAUUGUUAAAAUAUUCUGUAAUAUGUACACAAAAAGAAGUACGAAGGUUACACAUAUCGGGCUUGUGGUAUUGGGGAGUAUCCUCUUUAUUAUAAUCAGUGUGUAUGAGUUGUUUAUGUAUAGAAAAUAAUAGUGUUAUUGUAAAUGUUGGGUAACUACAGAUCAACGCUUUGAAAAAAUAACACUGUAAUGCUCUAUAGGUACCAUAUUGUAUUAAUUUGGUUUUGACUGCGAUGAAAUCACUAUGUACCAUACCUGUAUAAAUGCGUGUGGGUCCACGCCGUCAUAUUUGUAUAUGAUGAUGUAAUUUAUUACAUUUAGAUUAUAUUCUACCGUAACUGUACAACUGUGUUGAGUAGAAACAAACACCUAAGUUGAGAGAGUAAAGAGCGUGUAAUGUAAAUGCUAUUUUUAAUGUUGAUUUGUACUUUAUGCAAAUGAAAGGAUGAAGGUUUAUGUUGUGAAUGUUUCUCUUGCAGUGUAGAGGAUGUGUGUGUGUGUGUGUGUGUGUGUUCAUAGUUAGUUGAUGUAGAUCGACCUCCUUGCUGGUGUAGUGCCUCCUCAUCCAUAACAUAAUGUUCAUUUAUAUAUGCAUAAAGUUAAUGAUGAUGAACAUGAUGAUCAAAACAAUGUCAAAAACCUGAUUUGAAGUUUUUGUGCUAAUGUCAAUAUUGCAAUUUUAGUUUUUGAACGAGAAAACAUGUUCGUUGAGAAAAAAACUUGCAAAAUGUGUGCCCCAUUUUUUUGUGAAAUCGUCACAUUGAGAAGUUUAAAUUAGUUUCUUCUUUUAGCAAAAUACUUGAUAUGCUUUCAGUUGUAUUUUUUAACAGUUCAUUUGGAAAGCUUCAUAUUAGUGUAAAGCACCUAAUUAGAAAUUAUUGCACAACAUUUGCACUUUUCACAAUGCACAUCGUCCCAAAGCAACUUUAUAGACAGAUGUUUUCUUAGGAAGACGACACUGGGAGGAACCAAGAGUCUGUCAAGGAAAGGUUGUUUCACAGUGGAUUACUGUAUAUUUGAGAUACUUCAUCAAGACGUAUUUCUUAAACAUCUAAUCCAUAAAGUAAAUAAUGGAAAGUUAGUAGGGACCUGUAUCGGAUGAGCUACAGGAACAGAAAUGUACCAUGGCAAAUGUCCAUGAACCACAGAAUACAUAAAAUAAACACUUAAUAAUUGGUUACUGUUGAAAACCAUCAUGAGGCAGCAGCAGGAAGUGGAUGAUCAUUCCUGGUCAUCUUUUAUAUUAAUUUGAUGCUUGCUUGCUCUCUCCGACCUUGUAAAUCAGGUCAAUCAGUAAAGUAAGGUGCUAGCAAUGCCUGAAUCAUGGGUUCCACUUCAGGUAAUGUAUGAACAUGACUAGAAAAUACCAUAUUUUAAAUGCAAUGCUGGUUGCUUUGGCUAAAAGUAAAUAUAAACAUAAAAGCCCUUGAGCAGGUAUCUUCUCCUGAUCAGAUAAUAAUAAUAAUAAUAAUAAUAAUAAUCGAUACAUGUGUUCUUUUCUUUUCUUUAAGUCAGCUAUAGGUGGACAUUGCGUUUACUUUUUAUUGCAAGACAUGCAAUAUACCAAGCUUAGGUUAUCAAGGUUAAAAAGUUAAAUGUGUCACUGUUGCUUCUUGUUUGGAAGGGUGAAAAUAACAGUAUAUUUGUGUCAGUUAUGUUAACAGUUAUUAAAUCAGAUACAGAUAGUGUCAUGCCCCGGACUGGUUUUGUUGUGUUUUCCCUCCCCAUGUGGUCCGUGUACCAGUUAAUUGACUCAUUCCAUGCACCUGUGUUCCCCUGAGUGAAAAGCUCCAGUCUGUUCAGUUUGUUUUUGUUGGGUCUACUUGUUGGAUGUUGUGUGUUUCCCGUGUUCCUGUUGUGGAUUUUCCCCUGUGAUUCAAGCAUUAAAGACUGUUGGACGUUU